GAAGAAGAAGAAUGUUUUAGGAGAAUUAACGAGCGCAGCCGAAUUCGUCCGAAGUCAUAUCCGUGUGUACAGUUAGCAUAAUGUUAGCUAAAGAAACGACGCUCCUUAGUUCCUUGUGACAUUAAUUUCAUUGUUGUUGGUUGCUGCUCCGCGGAAGUCUGCGUGACUACACAAAAUGGACAGCGAGCUGUCGGACCUGGACACUGCACUGGGCCCCGAGAGCAGCAGCAUGGAGGGGGAAAACGCUCCGCUUUACUGCAUUUGUCGAAAGCCAGACAUCAACUGCUUCAUGAUCGGCUGUGACAAUUGCAACGAGUGGUUCCACGGGCACUGCAUCAGCAUCACGGAGAAGAUGGCCAAGGCCAUCCAGGAGUGGUACUGCAUGAGCUGCAGAGACGAGAACCCACUGCUGGAAGUCAAAUACAGGUCCAAGAAGAGCCGAGAGAAGGAGCCGGACUCGGACAGAACCGAGCGGCAGUACAGCACGCCGAGCACUCCGGACUACAAAAGCGACAGACGGCGCGGAUCUAAAGUGAAGCGGUCGGUGCGCAUGUGCGGGGAAUGCGAGCCGUGCAGACGGACCGAGGACUGCGCCCAGUGCGACUUCUGCAAGGACAUGAAGAAGUUCGGAGGGCCCAAUAAGAUCAGACAGAAGUGCCGCUUCAGGCAGUGCGAGGUUCGAGCCAGGAAAAUGCUGCGUGUGAAGGAGGAGGAGCUCUCCCUGCGCGAGAGGAGGGAGAACUUCCACCACAGAAGAAGACGGUACUCCGAGGACUACGACAGCGAGGCGGAGCUCUACCAGCAGUACAGGGCGGCGGGACUCGGUGGUGACCUGGCGUGGGGGAGCGACGACGACGACGAAGAGCCGGCCUUCAGCCCCGUCAUGCGGAAGAAAGCCAUCAAGGUGAAGCACGUCAAGAGGCGGGAAAAGAAGAUUGAGAAAAAGAAAGAGUCGCGGCGCCACAAGCAGAAGCAGAAGCACAGGGACAAGAACCGGCACAGCGACCGGGGGGACCUGCGGGACAGCGGGGGGAUGCGUCAGUGUCUGGGGCCCAACUGUGUGAAAGGAGCCAGGCCCAACUCCAAGUACUGCUCCGAGGACUGCGGCAUGAAGCUGGCAGCCAACCGGAUCUACGAGAUCCUCCCUCAGCGGAUCCAGCAGUGGCAGCAGAGUCCCUGCAUCGCCGAGGAGCACGGCAAGAAGCAACUGGAGCGCAUCCGCCGGGACCAGCAGAACGCCCGGCUCCGCCUCACCGACAUGGAGCGGCGCUUCCACGAGCUGGAGGGCAUCAUCUCCAAGGCCAAGCAGCAGGCGGUUCAGCAGGACGAGGAGGUGAACGAAGGUGAGAGCGACGACACAGAUCUCCAGAUUUUCUGCGUGUCCUGCGGUCAUCCCAUUAAUCCGAAAGUGGCGCUGAGACACAUGGAGAGAUGCUAUGCCAAGUACGAGAGCCAGACGUCCUUUGGUUCCAUGUAUCCAACAAGAAUAGAGGGUGCCACCAGACUCUUCUGUGACGUGUACAACCCCCAGAGCAAGACCUACUGCAAGAGGCUGCAGGUUCUGUGUCCAGAACAUUCCAGAGAUCCAAAGGUGCCGGUGGAUGAGGUGUGCGGCUGCCCUCUUGUGAAGAACGUGUUUGAGCCGACAGGAGAUUACUGCAGGGUGUCCAAAAGGAAAUGCAACAAACAUUACAACUGGGAAAAGCUGAGGAGAGCUGAGGUGGACUUGGAGCGGGUCAGAGUGUGGUACAAGCUGGAUGAGCUUUUUGAGCAGGAGCGGAACGUCAGGACCGCAAUGACCAACAGGGCCGGUCUACUGGCUCUGAUGUUGCACCAGACCAUCCAGCACGACCCGGUGACGACUGAUCUCCGUAGCAACAAGGAUAGGUAGUUAGCCUGGGUGUGUUGCUGGAUUUAGGUCUGCAGAAUGCUGUACAUAGCAACGUAAUAAUUGUGUGCUGAAGAUGUAAACUUCUAGAUUAACUACUGCUUUGAUGACAGAAGAUUUUCUACCAUUUUAAAGUGUCUGUAUGAUAAUAUAUUUUUCCUUAAUAGUGGUAGAGGAGCCACAUUUGAGUUUGGAAACUGCUGUUUUUGGUAUGAACAUUAGAAAUAAAGCCUUGAAACAAGC